AUGGUUCUGCGUACGGAAACGAAUGAAAAUCACGAAAGAUCUGAUAUGGUAAAUUUUUUUACAACUUUUUUGUUAUCAUUCUGUUUUUAAGAAAGCCAGAGGCGACACGGACGUUGCUAUUCCUGCCCAACUACUCGCGCGUCAUCCACUCCAGAAUCGUUGGGCUCUUUGGUAUUUAAAGGCCGAUCGUAACAAAGAAUGGGAAGACUGUUUGAAGGUACUUGCAUUUCAGGGUUUCGAUUUGAAAUGAGUUUCCAGAUGGUUUCUCUUUUUGAUACAGUUGAAGAUUUUUGGGCUUUGUAUAAUCACAUUCAAACCGCUGGUGGCCUGAACUGGGGAUCUGAUUAUUAUCUCUUCAAAGAGGUUGGCAUAAAUACUGUUUCAUGAACCUUAUCAGCUCUUCAUCCAAGGGUAUCAAGCCCAUGUGGGAAGACGAAAGUAAUGUGAAGGGAGGACGUUGGCUCGUAGUUGUCGAGAAACAGGUUUGCGAAGGGUGGUAUGAAAAAAACACCAGCGAAAAUUCGAACGGCGACUUUUCCGAUUUUUUCAUAUCGCUAGGGGACUUUCCGACGGCCACAUUUCCGACGAAUCUUUUUUUCCGACUUUUUUUCUCGAUAAAAUCUUCGUUUUAAAAUUUCCUAUAUAAAAUAGGUAGUUGGUUUAUGAUUAAAAACACAAAGAAAUAGGAAAAAAAGGUUUAUAGAUGUUUUUAUAAACCAAAAAAACAUAAGGGAAAAAAAGUCGGAAAGUUCCCUAGCGAUAUAAAAAAAUCGGAAAAAGUCGCCGUUUGAAUUUUUCGCUGGUGUUUUUUUAAUACCACCUUGCGAAGUUUUUAUUAUAAUCUUUAAUCAUGCGAUUUGAUUAAAAAAAUUUUUUUGAAAGUUUUUUUAUUUAUUAGAGAAAUUCCCGUUUUCAACAUUCCAAAUCGCGUUUAUUUUUUUGCGAAAUAAUUGUUCAGUUUUUGCAGAGGCGUUCACAAUUGCUAGAUCAUUACUGGUUAGAAUUGUUGAUGGCUAUUGUCGGAGAGCAGUUUGAAGAUCUCGGGGAAUAUAUUUGCGGUGCGGUAGUCAACGUCAGACAAAAAAAGGAGACAAGGUUUUUGUUGAAUUAUGAUUUCUUUUGGCCUAAUAUGCCCGCAAUCGCGAACUUUUUUUAAAAUUUCAUGUUAUAAUUUAAAUCACAUGAUUUUUUUCUAAAUAAUGCCUUUUUCGAUCUCUCACUCUCCCAUUUACACACUCUGAAAAUUUCGAGAUAAACCGGCUCGAAAUGGCCAGUUUUUGACCAUUUCGCGACCGCGUUGCAACAGUAUGGCCGAUCUAGCGCACAACUCUGCUCUGAGAGCUAUAUUGAAUUCCGCGGAAUAAUUUUAAACACGAAAUGUAUUUAUUACUUUGAUCUGGAGCGCCUUAAGGCGCGCCCGAAUGUUUCUCAGCCGCAUGCUAUUUCGUCAUUUUCUCGCAGUUAAAGAGGAAAAAAAAUAGCAUCUGGUCGAGGCGCUCCAGUUCAGAGUGUUUUUUCUACAUUUUUCUGUGAUGUCACGUCAAAGCUGAUUUGAUGACCGUGGCAAAACUUUUUCUCGAAUGCUUGAGCCAAAUAGCAGAAAAAUGCAGCAGAUUCCCAAAGUGAAAGUUUGGCUUUUUUCAGUCAGACAAGAAAAAAGAACUUUUGAAUUGAAAGUCAUAUGGAUAUUUUCCAAGCUGGUGUAUGUGAGCGAAGAUAAGAGAAAAAAAAGUUUUUAUUAAUUUAAAUGAUCGAAUUUUUAAAAGUAAAGUAGACCAAAUGGAAUUCAAAGGGAUUAAUUGGGUUUAAAAAAAAACUUUUCUUUUUUUCAGGUUUCUCUUUGGACCAGAGAUGCUAUGAGGGAUGACGUGAACACGCGCAUUGGUUUGGUACUGAAAGCGAAACUCGAUAUCCCGGAUGCUGAACCGAUAAGGUUUUUAACCUCGAAAAAUAAUAAUGGGCACGGCGCAUGUACGGACAUUUGUUGGAUACUGCGCCACGCUUGCUCAGCAAUAUCCUUCGCGGAACUGCGCGGUUUACACUGCACUGUCUCUUCUAGAACUAGAAAAAAAAUUUUUUUGCGCAAUCAUUUCACAUAGAUUAAAAAAAAUUGAAAAGAAAGAAAAUUAAAUUUCUAUGAAAUCCCGCUCUUGAAAUUCUAUAUUGUACAAAAAAAUAAAUGACCUAUAUUAUUUAUAAACAAAUGAGCGCUCUGAACGGGCUUGGUGAUGUUUUUUUAACAACUAGAAAUAUAAAAAUAUAAGACCGCUAACAAAGCAAGCUAAGCGUACGAAUAAAUUGAUAUCGUUUUCAAAUCGUUUCCAAAUUUCAAAACUGUCUUCAGAAGGUGGGAAAGAUAACUGAAGCCAGAGCUAGUUUUGAAUUUUGCUGAAAAUCCAUUGAACAUGGCAUUAGUUGGUGGUUUAUUGAAUUAUUGAAAGGUAUGAAAGGAAAACUUCGAAGACGGCUUGUUUGACGGUUUCAUAGCUUUCCUUACUGUUUGAGAAUUUCUUUUCCCCGAAAAUCAUUUAAAAACUAUUACGAUAAUGAAACUGCUUUUUCUUCAGAAAAAAAUUUUUUUUUUACAUUAAAUAUCAACUUAUUCAGAUAUGAAGUCCACAAGGAUUCAUCAGCUCGCACUUCUUCUACGGUAAAACCAAGAAUUCUCAUUCCGGCUAAAGAGGUCCCUCAUAAAGCCGCUGCGUAG